AUGGAUAUCAACCAGGUGUUGGAGGGGACCUAUGCCGCUGACGCGGCCAUUCGCAACAACGCCGAGCAACAGCUCACCCAGGCUGCCGAUGCCAACUUUCCCCUUCUCGCCUUCCAGUCACAAUAUCUCACCGUCCUCGGCGGCGAGCUCGCAAAUGAACAAGCACAGCCACAGAUUCGACAGGCAGCCGCGCUGGCCCUGAAGAACGCCUUCACCGCACGCGAGUAUGCCCGGUUACGUCAGGUCCAGGACCGCUGGCUAGGCCUCGAUGCGUCCAUUAAGCAGGAAGUCAAGUCGAUGGCCCUUCGCACACUGGCCACGCCCAACAAGGGUGUCGGCUCCACCACUGCCCAGCUCAUUGCUUCGAUUGCGGCCAUCGAGAUACCCCGCAACCAAUGGCCGGAGCUUAUGCCCACUUUGGUCGAGAAUGUCGGCCAGGGCAACGACAGCCAAAAGCAGUCCUCGCUCACCACCAUUGGCUUCGUCUGCGACACAGAUGAUGUCGAGCUGCGCGAGGCCUUGGCGCACCACUCCAACGCCAUCCUGACAGCCGUCGUCCAGGGCGCGCGCAAGGAAGAGACCAACAACGACGUCCGUGUCGCCGCCAUCAACGCCCUCAGCGACUCGAUCGAAUUUGUGCGCUCCAACUUCGACAAUGAAGGCGAGCGCAACUACAUCAUGCAAGUGAUCUGCGAGGCCACGCAGGCCGAGGACACUCGCAUCCAGCAAGGCUCAUACGGCACGCUGAACCGCAUCAUGGGUCUUUACUAUGACAAGAUGCGCUUCUACAUGGAAAAGGCUCUUUUCGGCCUGACCAUCCAGGGAAUGAAGAGCGAAGAGGAGGAUGUGGCCAAGCUUGCGGUCGAGUUUUGGUGCACCGUUUGCGAAGAGGAGAUUGCAAUCGAGGACGACAACUCACAAGCGCAAGCUGAGGGAUCAACAGAGCUCAGGGAAUACUUCAACUUUGCUCGUGUCGCUACCCAGGAAGUCGUACCCGUCCUACUGGAGCUGCUAGCCAAGCAGGAUGAGGACGCCGAUGACAACGAGUACAACACCUCGCAUGCUGCCUACCAAUGUCUACAGCUGUGGGCACAAUGUGUCGGAAGUGGCGUCAUGCCUCCAGUCCUGGCUUUUAUUGAAAAGUACAUCCGCUCAGAAGACUGGCAUUAUCGGGAUGCUUCCGUAUCGGCGUUUGGAGCCAUUAUGGAAGGUCCAGAGGAAACCGUCCUGGACCCCAUUGUCAAACAGGCCCUGCCCACGCUUAUCGGUAUGAUGGACGACGCCAAUGUCCAUGUCAAGGAUUCCGCAGCCUAUGCUUUGGGCCGCAUCUGCGAGGCGGUUCCCAGCGCUCUGGAUGCGCAGCAACACCUUCCUUCCCUGAUCGGAGCCUUGUUCAAUGGCCUAUCCAGCCACCCCAAGAUGGCUGCCUCCUGCUGCUGGUCAUUGAUGAACUUGGCAGACAGGUUUGCUGGAGAGCCGGGAUGCGAUACCAAUCCACUUUCGCCCCACUUUGCGCAAAGUGUGCAGCAUCUUUUGACCGUUACCGAGCGUGGUGACGCGGAUAAUCAAUUGAGGACUGCUGCCUAUGAAGUCCUCAACUCUUUCGUCAACAAUGCGGCUGGUGACAGUGUACCUCUGGUAAACGAACUCUCCAACGUCAUCCUUGAGCGUUUGGAGAAGUCCAUGGCGCUUCAGUCUCAGAUUGUCAACGUGGAGGACAAGCUUACACUCGAGGAAAUGCAGACCAGUUUGGCUAGCGUCAUCAUGUCCAUUAUCCAACGCUUAGAGACCGACAUCAAGCCACAGGCCGAUCGCAUUAUGCAGAUCUUGCUCAGCCUCUUGUCAUCCCUGCCCCCAAAGUCGAGUGUUCCAGACACCGUUUUCGCUGCCAUUGGGUCCAUUGCCACUGCUCUCGAAGAAGACUUCCAGAAGUACAUGGAGGCAUUCUCGCCCUUCUUGUACAAUGCUCUCAACAAUCAAGAAGAGCCUGCUCUCUGUUCCAUGGCGAUUGGCCUAGUUGCUGACAUCACACGGUCGCUCGGCGAAAACGUUCAGCCAUAUUGCGAUGCCUUCAUGAACUCGCUGCUGAACAAUCUGAGGAGCCCUGCUCUUGGCAAUCAACUCAAGCCAGCGAUCCUCCAGAGCUUCGGUGAUAUUGCGCACGCGAUCCAUGGUGCCUUUGAAACCUACCUCCCCGUCGUUGCUCAGGUGCUCCAGCAAGCUGGCCAAGUCACCUUGACUACGGACGGCAACUAUGAAAUGAUUGACUACAUCACCUCUCUUCGGGAGGGCAUCAUGGACGCCUGGGACGGCUGUAUUGUUGCCAUGAAGAGUAGCAACAAGAGCCAACUCAUCGUCCCGUUCGUCGACUCGAUAUUCGAUCUUUUGCGUACCAUUCAGCAAGACCCCAACCGCACAGAAGCUCUUCUUCGAUCGUCUUGCGGUGUCAUUGGUGAUCUCGCCGAGGCCUUCCCGGGUGGUGAAUUUAGGGAGUACUUCCGUCACGACUUCCUGACAGCAAUGGCAAGGGAGACCCGGGCCAACACAGAUUUCAGCAUCCGAACACGAGACACCGCGCGGUGGGCACGCGAACAGAUUAAGCGUCAAGUCGGCGGCAAUCAAGGCGUCAUGGCCUGA